GAGAGGAAAGAAACUUGAAUUGUGGUGAACAUGUUGAGCUUUUACGCAUAGGACAUGCAGCUCCGGAAAUAUUGUACACAAAUGCAAAUAAGGACGGUUACUAUACUUUGAUAAUGGUUGAUCCAGACGCUCCUAGCCCAAGCCACACAGUCAAUCACUAUUGGUUACAUUGGCUGGUAUCAUCAAUAGACGGAGAAACACUUAGGCAUACUACUGCAUCUGAAGGACUCAUCAGCGGAGAAACUGUGGUUGGUUACAAAAGACCGUCCCCGCCAAAAGGGACAGGGCCUCAUCGCUACCAGUUCUUUCUGUACGAACAAACUGCGGAGCGGAUAGACUCUCCAUUGCCCUUGACACGGAGCGACUUUGAUCUUCAAUCAUACAUUAGGCAGAACAACAUUAGGCACAACAACACUCUUACAGCAGUAUUCGAAUUUGUCACUCAGAAUACAGCACAUUAAUUCGAGACCCCUUUAAUACCGAGAGCCCUCUAAUUCGUGACCACAUUUUUUUUUACCAAAUAUCAAUCGCCAAUCUUUUAACACAAAGCCAUCUAAUUGGAGACCGAACCACGAGACCACAAAUGUUCAAGUACCAAAGGUGGACUCGAAUUGGAGGGUGAACUGUUAGUAAUCAAAACUACCGUUCUAUUAAUCUGCCAACGUCCGAUGGCGCUAACAUUUUGCCUAUGGCUUAUAUACAGGGGCGGCGCUAGCGGGGGUCCAGAGGGAAAAGGACCCCCGUAAGGUCGGGAACCUUUGGACUAUCCGCUUGGGCCCCACUAAUUUCCGGUAACUUCGUCGGGGGGGAAAAAAAAAUCUCGAGCGCCGAAAGUACAAUUCAAGCAUGCCUUACUAAGCUUUCAACAUUUUAGAGAUUCAAAACUGACAGUGCUACCAUAUGUGCGAGGUAUACUAGGCCCCUAUUGCGAUCGUAUGGGCUGUGGUGCGCCAGCUCUUCUCCGACAGGGAGAUGGUACAUCUGACAGGGGUUAGUAACCCCGAAAGGGUACCCCGACAUCCUUUUUAAAUAAUGAAUCCCAUAAUUAACACAAAAGUUUUAAGUUAAAGUUGCAGUUUUAGUCGUUAGUCUAGUGAGUCUGCUAACUAAAGGAUAGAAUGAAUCAAACAUGUACUACAGAAAUAAAUUCUGAUGUUUUUUUUUUCAUGCAAGUUAGACUUUAGGAGGUCAAUGUUAAAAUCGUCCCAGAAUGAUGUAUGCAGUUCUAUUUUCAUUAUUAAUGGUUUCAAGUAGUUGGGAAAGUUUAGAAUUAAAAAGGCUGAUCGGUAAUUCCUGUAAACGAUGAAUAACAUCUACUUUUUGAAUGUUUUUGCAUUUGGAAAUUAGGAAUGAUAAUGUUCUACCUCUAAAGCCUCAUUUACACUAGACAAGAUUACGGCGACGACACGAUACAGAUGCGCGCAGUGUUGAAAAACUACGCGAUGGUAUGUCGUUGUCGUGUCGUAAUCGUGUCUAGUGUAAAUGUGGCUUUACGUGUUAUCGUACUGAAUGAUCAAUUCGUUACCAUACCAUAAGGUAACCAGCCAGGUAUCAAACCGAGCGAGCUUCCGCUUAUUGGU